GUUUUAGAGGGUCAUACCAGACUGGGACUACCUUUCCGGUUUCUCUCUCCGUGGUGCAGGUCACUCCCUCUGUACUGUCAGCAGCUCUCUCCGCGGUUCAAACUUACAGUCGCACUGAACUAGUCCCGUCCCCGCCGUCUUUUUUGUUUUUUUCCCCCCCUCCGCAGGCUUUUGAGUUUUGAAAGGGAAACCCGUUUUUUCGGUGGCGUGCUAAAGUCUGCGGGAGGAAUCGCCGUGUGUUCUUCGCUUUUAGUUGAAAAGCAGCGGGGGGAAAUGUCCAGCUGAGGAGUGGAAAUCCUGAAAACCACAGGGCCUGUUUUUGUAAUGAUUGAUCAAUGCUUCGACAAUGGCGCUAAAGGCACAGGUUUUAUAUGACUUCACUGCUGAGCCUGGAAACAACGAACUGACGGUGAAAGAAGGCGAGACAAUCACUAUCACCAAUCAGAAUAUUGGAGGCGGCUGGAUUGAAGCACAGAACUCCAAAGGGGAGAUUGGACUGGUGCCAGAAGACUACAUCGAGCUCGGUAAGACGUUUCCAUCGUUCCCCGGAGCAGGAAGCACAGCACCUACUCCAAGUGUAGGAAAUGUUGCAUCUCCAGACCUGUCCUUCUUUGAUGCCUACGCUCCCGCAUCGACACCUGCACAAAACCAGGUGGAUGCUGGGGGCUUGAGUCCCCAGACGGACACCCCCGACACCCCAGUUUCCCCCUACCUUUCGUCCCCUGAUGAGGCUAGUAACGGUAAUGAUCCCUGGUCAGUGUGGAACACGGACCCCUCGGGCGGCUCUAACAACAACUGGGCUUCAAAUCCGGAGGGCACCCAGACUGGGAAGAGUGCUGCUGACCCCUGGGGCUCCAUAUCACAGGGCCACCCUCAGGCUUACCAAGGCCCAGACAUCUACCCAUAUCCUUACCUUAUUGAAUACACAGGAGCCGAAGAUGAUGAGUGGGAUGAUGAGUGGGAUGACAUGAAGUCCAGUGGAGGUUACAACGAGUCAGAAUCUGGAGACAGCGGAGCAAUCCAGAGAGGUGGAGCUCACGCAUCCUCAAUGAAAAUCUCCCUCAACAACAGGUUUCCUGGGUUCUCCAAGUCUGGUCCAGAGCUCUACCUCCUAUGCAAGCAGCUUACUAAGGGCAAAGACAAGCUAUCAAUCUAUAUGGGAGAAGUUGGUCCCGUGUGGUCUUACCCAGAAACUCAGCAAGACUGUGUAGUGGCUGACCCCAAGAAAGGCUCAAAGAUGUACGGCCUCAAGAGCUACAUUGAGUACCACAUCACACCCAGUACCACAAACCGAACAGUCAAUCACAGAUACAAGCACUUUGAUUGGCUGUAUGAGAGGCUCCUGGACAAAUUUGGGUCAGCCAUUCCCAUCCCCUCUUUACCAGACAAGCAAGUUACAGGGCGUUUUGAGGAAGAGUUUAUUAAGAUGCGUAUGGAGCGGUUGCAGGGCUGGAUGACCAGGAUGUGCAGGCACCCAGUUGUUUCCAGCAGUGAAGUUUUCCAGCUUUUCCUCACCUACAAGGAUGAGAAGGACUGGAAGAUGGGGAAGAGAAAAGCAGAGAAGGAUGAGACAGUGGGAGUGAUGAUCUUCUCCACAAUAGAGCCUGAAGCUCCAGACCUAGAUCCUGUAGAAGUGGAACAGAAAUGUGAGCAGUUCAGCAGGUUUACCAAAGCCAUGGACGAUGGAGUGAAGGAAAUCCUCACAGUGGGACACGAGCACUGGAAGAGAUGUACAGGCCCUUUGCCAAAGGAGUACCAGAGAAUUGGCAAAGCCUUCCAAAACCUCUCCUCCGUCUUCACCAGCAGUGGAUACCAAGGCGAGUCAACCCUGACUGAUGCCAUGACAGCAGCAGGGAAGACAUACGAGGAGAUCGCUCAGAUGGUUGCAGAGCAGCCCAAGAAAGACCUCCACUUCCUCAUGGAGACCAACAAUGAAUAUAAGGGUCUUCUUGGAUGCUUCCCAGACACCAUUGGAGUCCAUAAGGCAGCCAUAGACAAGGUGAAGGAAGCAGACAAGCUGGUGGCCACCAGUAAAAUUACCCUUCAGGACAAAGUCACCAUGGCUAAACGAGUCAGCACCAUGUCAUAUGCUUUACAAGCUGAGAUGAACCACUUCCAUAACAACCGUAUCUAUGACUACAACAGGGUCAUGCAGUUGUACUUGGAGGAGCAAGUCAAGUUUUACGAGACGAUUGCUGCAAAGCUGAGACAAGCGCACAGUCAGUUCACUACAAUGUGAAAGCCUUCAGUCUCGCACUACAAGACAAGAGUUCAACCAGCUCAUCAUCCAAAAUAUUCUCACUUAUACUGCAUUCUUUCCCUUACCUUUAAUUUAAAUUUCACCUCUCUCUUUGUUUCACUCUUAUCUCAUCUCUUCCUUUACUACUUGUGCCAACAGUCCCAGCUCAUGGUGUUACAUUUUUUCCGCUGCGCUCAGAAGUUGCCCAACAGUUUAUGAGCAUGGGCAGCAGCUGAAAAGGCUUUGGCACUAGUGGUUUUUAGGGUCAGCAACGAGCGCAGAAUAAGACACACUAUUUACACACAUCCUUCCAUCUGUCCAAGGUCCAGAGCUUGGACAGAGGAAAUAAACAUCCAAGUCUCAGUUUGUGACCAUGAAUUGCUUCAUUGCAUGAGUCAGACCCCAGAGUUGUCCUAAUGUGAUACGAGACCAGUUUCUGCACAGCUAUGGGGGCAAACAUGCCUGUCCUCACAUGAUUUUAAAGCAAUACUUUUUUUUUUUUCCAUGUUUAAAAAAAAAAAAGGUAAAGCAAAUGAUUUACACAUGUAGCAAAACUGUUAUCUGCAAAGUGAUGUACUGACAAUAAAAACCAAAGCCAUUCUCCCUCUUGUCAGUACGGACAUCCGGGGAGUUGAUUUCUAAAGAUGGCUUUGACAGCAUAUCAGAGCUUUACUGCCUAUUUCCCAGCAAAUGUUGAGUUUAUUUGAAUUAUUUUUGCUUCUAUAAAUACAGUUAAUGUUCAAGAGUUGCCUAAUUUCAUUAGUAGAAGCAGUGGCGCAUUCCCUUAAGAAUCCUUCUUUCAAGAGUUGGCAAAGGCAGAGUAUGUGUCCUCUGUAUGUCCACUGCUGGCAGUGCCAAGCCCUCUUUCAUCCUGCACUUCCUCAAAAGCUAACAGGAAGCCCCACCUCCUUCCUGUCUUGCCCACAUGCCUUGUGCCUUUGAGGAAGAUAGAAAAAGCUUGAGUUAAUUGCCCCCCGGCCUGUGUACUAUGAUACUGCAGUUUACAUUUAAGGAUAGGAUACAAAAUGUGGGAUAAAUGAUACUCAGGUUGGGGUUCAUUAUUUUAAGCUUUGUACAUUUCAACCAAAAGUCAGUGAAUCACUGCUUCUCUGUAGAUAGUGCCAACACGAUUCUCUUCUCCCAGUUCAGUCCUUUUUCUCGUUUGACCAGAUUAUGGUGUUUUAUAUGAAGGUGUAACAGCAAGAGUUUGAGCAGAUUUUGAGACAGAGUCAUGGAUUAUGUCAUGUAUGCAGUUUUUCUUUGUUGCUUUUCACCGCCCAGUUUUCAAUCAGUCACUAAUCUUGUUCAUUCUUUGUUUUCAUAUCACUUGAUUCAUGAAAAAAAUAAAUAAAAAAAUUUAAAAAAAUAUAUAUAUAUAUAUAUUUAUAUAUAUAUAAUAUACACAUAUACAUUCUAUUGGACAUAUCAGGUGCGUCUUGUCAUUGAGAUACUAUUUUAUGUAUAGAAGUAUUUUCAAUACAGUGCAACUCAGAG